GUAAGCCCAUACUGUGUUCCAUCAACACGAAAACGAAACGAACACUAUUCCAACGUGGAUAACAGAAAAUCGACUUAAUCAUGCGCAGACACUCGUACCAAUGGAUACGCAUUCGACGCGUCCUGGAAAUGUCGGGGAUACUUUGAUUUAUUUGUCCGUGUCGUUUUUGAAAGUCUGCAACUGUUGGAAAUAUUCUGCCGCUAAGAAGUAUUUGCUUGUUGCUGUUGUGUGUUUUGUUUAUUUGUUUUUCACCGUUCAUGUCAGUCGUGCGUCUACUCGCCAGGACAAACGUCCUGAUCUGUGGACUGGAAAUAGCGUUUAUUCUCAGAGUAAAACUGACCAGGACCCCGCUGAUGGGGAGGUGAAUGAAUCUGUGAGCCCGACCAGGUCUAAUGUGGUGUAUAUAACGCUCAAAUUUAAGCGACACAAACCGGCCAUCAUCAGGGGCACAGUGCGACCCAAACUCCGGAGAAAGAAAGUUAAAGUGAGACAGCAGGGUAAAGUGAAGGACGCGGGACACAAAACCACCGCUAACACACGAUUGGGAUAUUCUGAGCUUGAUGGCAGUGACACUGGCUAUUCAUCCAUAAGGAUAUACAGUGAAAGAGCUCCUCCAUGGUUCAGCAAUGACGAUAUCACUGCCAUGCGCUUUCUAGCCGAUAGUAAAAUUACGCAAAUUGAUGAAGUGGCACCUGGGGGCUUUUCUUCUUUAAUUUUGUUUAAAAGUGCGACAAAUGGCGCGGACGAUGUUGAUGAGUGUCGUAAAUUGUCAUCAAAAGCUGUCAUGAGCUAUUGACAAAGCAAGUAUGACUAAUGCUGACUUAGUGAAUGUAUACAUAUUCAUCUUGUUUCAGAUGGUCAGCCUUGUCCAGUGGUUUUGUGGGAUCCUUCUUUAAGCCCAGUAGAUCAACCCUCUGAGAGGUUGAACUGGGGCUCAUACCAAACCUCUCUCAAACACAAGUGCUGGCAUCGGGGUGUCAUACCUAAACCAGAGUGGAGCUGCACCAGCAUCCACCAUCACGAAUGGAGCAAGCUUGUAGUCUUUGAUUUCCUCCUGCAGAUUUAUGAACGUCUAGAUAAAAACUGCUGUGGAUUCAAGCCUCGCCCAGAGGACACCUGUGUUGAGCUUGGUUACCAUGAAGAAUGUAGAGACAAGGACGGCAUAGAGCUGACACACAUAAUCCACCGUAAACAUGACCCACACCACCUGGUUUUCUUCAACAACAAGGGCUACUUUGACCGAGAUGAGGGGAAUCUGAACUUCAGGCUACUAGAGGGAAUCAAAGAGUGAGUAAAAUUA